AUGGGCGGCAUGUUGAUUGCGGUGGUGACCGAAUGCGUCCAUCUUGAGGCUGUUCCUUCUUCUCCUCGUCGGGGAGACUCGAGACAUGACGGUUCCAUACGGUAUUGCUGCCUGGUCUGUCAGGCUACUAGUAGUCAUGCGGACUGUAUUGUGUAUUGCAUCCUGUGUAUUGUGUAUUUCUCUUCUCCUCCUCCUCCCUUCCCCUUCCUCCUCCCCUCUCCUCCGUCUCUUUCUCCUCUUCUCCUCCUCUUCUACUCUUGUUCUUCUCCAUUCUCUUCAUCUUCUCUCUCCGCAAUGCUUUUCCCAUCCCCCUCGGACAAUAUUCCGAAUCGUCUGCCAAUGGGAACAACGUGGGGGUGA